UACGACGUCGACAAUCGAGAAUAAUGUUGCACAAUGUUAGUUACUAUUGCAGCAGCGACAAAUUCUUCCAAAUUCUAAGUAUACUCUCUACGAAUUUAUAAUUAUAAAGUAUUGCGAAAUCCGACGAAAGCCAGACUUCCGUUAUUUUAUAAAAACUGAAAGUUCUUCUGUGUAUACCAUAAGUAAUAAGGAACAGCCUGGGUCUCUGUUCUGGUUACUUAGGCAGAUAACAGAAGCCUGAAUUUUCUCAAAUAAUUUUUUAAAACUUCACGAAGAUUGAAAUGAUUUGAGUCGCAAAGACAUAACUAAAAGUAGGAGAAAGAGUGAAAACAUAUCUAUUUAAAAUUGGAAUACCACCGACCAACGUUUAACCGUCCUUUCUUCAACAAUCAAUAAAUGUUAAGCAUAAGGGAACCAUUGGUUAACAGCAACAAAAAUCAGUUAAAUACAUAUCAAGUGUAAAACGUACCGAAACUAAAAUGACCACAAAUCAGACAGAUUUGCAUCUGAAAAAAAUUUCUGGAAGUAAACAUUCGGAUGCAGGAAAUGUGGAAGCGCAUAUUUAUAGGAAUGGACUACAUACAAAUAUUUUGAAUUCUUUAGUUGCAGAGAUCAAACUUUAUAAACGCCGCUGGGUCGUUCUAUUCCUGUUUGUGUUUUACUCGGGUGCAAAUGCGGCUCAAUGGAUCCAAUACAGUAUUAUCAACAAUAUUAUUGUCAAAUAUUAUGGCAUUAAUGAUAAGUGGGUGGAUUGGACUUCAAUGAUAUACAUGAUAGUUUAUAUACCACUAAUUUUUCCGGGAAGUUGGUUUCUUGAUAAAAUGGGGCUGCGGAUAACAGCAUUGGUCGGCAUUGUUGGCACAUGUAUUGGCUCAUGGAUUAAAGUAUUUUCUGUACAACCGGAUCUUUUUUAUGUCACAUUUAUUGGUCAGACUAUUGUCGCGCUAGCCCAGGUAUGCAUAUUGUCAUUGCCAGCACGCAUCGCCGCCGUUUGGUUUGGGCCUCAUCAAGUAUCGUCAGCGUGUAGCGUGGGAGUAUUUGGCAAUCAACUUGGCAUUGCUGUUGGUUUUGUGCUCCCUCCAAUUUUAGUAGGAAACUCGGAUGAUCUAGAAAUAAUCGGGAGUGAUUUAUUAUUUAUGUUCUACUGUUUCGCAGGCUUUACAACCAUUUUAAUGGUGCUGAUGAUAUUUUUUUUUAGGGAUAAGCCGCCGACGCCGCCAAAUCCAAAGCGAUCUAUAAUUCCUGCAGCUGGUACAGAGUCUGAAGCAUCUUUUAAGCGAUCGUUGAAGAAUUUGGCUAUUAAUCGUAAUUAUAUACUGCUUUUAAUUUCCUACGGUAUGAAUGUCGGCGUUUUCUAUGCGAUAUCAACUUUGCUUAACCCAGUUGUGCUCAAAUAUUAUCCGGGACAUGAAGUUGAUACUGGUCGCAUUGGUUUGACUAUUGUUCUUGCGGGCAUGAUCGGCUCUGUUGUAAGCGGUGUGGUCCUGGACCAAAUGCGCAAAUUUAAAGAAACCACCUUGGCUGUCUAUGCCUUCUCUAUGGUUGGCAUGUGGGUAUUUACAUUUACCUUAGAAACGGGUAAUAUCGCUGUGGUCUAUGUGACGGCUGGACUUUUGGGAUUCUUCAUGACCGGCUAUUUGCCAGUUGGUUUCGAGUUCGCCGCAGAGCUUACAUAUCCUGAACCCGAAGGUACUUCGUCCGGUUUGCUUAAUGCAGCUGCCCAAGUAUUUGGUAUUGGAUUCACGUCUCUAUAUUCAGAAUUAUUCUAUUCCUACGGAGAUAUUCCAGCCGAUGUUUUUAUGUCUAUUAUGCUAGUGUUAGGCACAUUAAUUACUGGGUUCAUAAAACCGGAUUUGAGAAGGCAAAAUGCAAAUCGAGAAAAUGCAGCGCCAGAAUUCACAGUUUCCGCCGAAUCAGUGCAAGUGCAGUCUUCAGACGUUAUCAUCAUCCCAACUGAGAAGCUAAAGGACAUUAGUACGUAGAAAUAUUUAUUUGCUUUUAUUAUAUAAUGAUAAACGAGCACCUGAAGUUGAUCUUCACAUAUUUGCAAGCUUUAACGUUGUAUUUGUUCGUCUUUCAAAAAGACAAAUUUUAAAUGAAAGGAUAUGUCUGUUCCGAAAUAUAAACGAGUAAAAUGUAUAUUUGUUUGUAGGUUUAAUGCAUAUUUAAGUGUUAAAUUAGUUUUAAAAUAAAAAAAAAUAGAACAGAUUAAAUAUUGGUUAAUAAUAAUAUUGUUAGUAAGACA